CUUCACUUUUCUUCGCUUCACUUUUCCUUACUUUACUUCUCUUCGCUUCGCUUUCAUCUGCUUAUAUUUCUUCUACUUCGCUUCUCUUCAUUUCUCCUCACUUCUCUUCGAAAUUCUCACCUUCUCUCAUACUGGUAAUUCGACACUCACAGCAUGUUCGAAGACAAUUCUUUCUAUGCAGAAAUAGAAAGUACGAGACUCGCUUUCGAAAAGCUUGCGUACAAGAAGCCUUUAACCGAUACCAUUGAACGAGUCAAUGUUCUUCUACAGGAAAAUGAAUCGGCCUGGAGCAACUUGUCUGGUGGAUACCGAAGUAUGCGAAAGCGUGCGCAUAGCCUUGCUAUAGAUAUUCGUAAGGAGUUAGGUCCUGAAGUAUUGCUAUGUGUUAUCUUAGUAGCAAAGUCGGUCAGCAAUAUGGCAAAACUGAGAAACAAUGGCAACCUCAUGGACAGACUUAAACAAUGGUGGACUACGGCUUCACAUCCUUCAUCACUUACUAAAGCCGCCAGUGCACUGAUCGUAGGGCAUCAUCCGACUAAAAUCAGUGUUUGUGAAGAACCUCCAGUCGAAGCAGCUACUGUUGGACAACACGCAACUACUAUCAAACAAGAUGCGGCAGAUACCCUUGGUACGUUUGUCUUUCUUAUCGUUGUCUAAAACUAAACUUUGAUAGAGAAAGCGUUGAAGUUUGCGGCCCAAAACAUUCCGAAUCUUCAGGAUCGAGAAGAUUGGCUCACCUCUGCCGCCGCUCAUACCCGUCUGCUGAGGCUGUUA